AUGGCUCCGACAUCAGAGGAUUUGAAGCAGUUACGAGCCUCCCGAGGUUAUACUAAGGCUUCAAUUACCCGCCUUUAUAAUUUUACCAGCAAUGAAAAUGAUGUAGGUCUUAGUGCAAUGUUUGCCUUGGAGACAAAGCGUACAAGAAUAGUUGAGUUGUUUAACGAAUAUGAACAGUAUAACAAGGAGAUUUUAGCCUUAGACGAAGCAGACGCGGAGGAUGUAGCGGACUAUGAGGCAAAGUAUUACCACAUCCUCACGAUUCUAAACGAGGCAAUCAAAAACAAGUCCUCGCCCUCGUCCAAUGCACCUGUGUCAUCCUGUCAAAAUAACUACAAGGCCAAACUGCCUACCAUCAAAAUUGAUACAUAUACUGGAAAGUACAGUGAGUAUACGGGUUUCGUUAAUCUAUUUAGGGCCAUAAUACACAAUGACAGAUCCAUCGAUAAUGUCCAGAAAUUGUACUAUUUGCGCUCAUUUCUGGCAAAUGAACCCUUUGACUUGAUUAAGAACCUUCCUCUUGCUGAAGGCAGCUAUGAGGAGGCUCUUAAGCUUUUAGAGGAAAGGUAUAAUCAUAAGUUUAAAAUUGUAAAUGAGCACAUUAAUUCCUUGCUUGAUAUAAAUGCCUUGGUCAAAUCUAACCCAGUAAAUUUAAGACAGUUUGUGUCAAGUGUCAAACAAUCUUUGUCUGCAUUAAAGAACUUAAGUGUAAGUACUGAUAACUGGGAUCCUAUUAUAUUGGCUAUUUUGUACCGUAAAUUAGACACCUACACGUCACGGGCAUACCAAUUGGAGCGCGAUGACACCGAGGAGCCUACAGUCACCGAGUUCCUGCUGUACUUGGAGAAACGCGCCUUGGCACUGGAGAAUGCUGAGCCGUCGCCGACAGCCGGGAAGUCUCACCACAAAGCAGUAGUAAAUGUGACAGCGACUGCCUCGCCUGCCUGCAGCUAUUGUAAGUCUAAACACCGAAUAUUUGACUGUAGCAAAUUCAAGAUGCUUACUAGUAGUGAAAGGAUAGCUUUCGGCAAAAAUAAUAGCCUAUGCUCUGUCUGUCUAAACAAACACAAUGGUAAAUGCCGCUUUCAUUUCCGGUGUAGUACUUGCAAAGAAGCUCAUAAUACCUUACUGCAUCCGGCUCGAAGGACCAAUGUUCAGCGGUGCGGUGGUUGUAGCUGGUUCGUAGAGGUAGAAGAACAGAAACUCCGUCUUGUAGCCACAAAUAUAUUUUAUAUAAAAGUAGAAAAUUAA